AUGUCAAAUCAUCCGAAUGAUCAAUAUGAUAAGCUAGAAAGGUCUAAUGGGUCGAAGAAUUCGUUGAGAAGGAAGCCUCCACCUAGUUUAGAUAUUGCCAAGGAAACUAAGAAUAAACUAAUUAUACCUUUGGAAUCGACACAAUUCAUGUCGCCACAUUCUCCUGGGAUGCCAGAAAGCAGGAGUGUGCCGGUGCCAAUAGGAAAUGGGCAUCAACAGAAACUCAGCAUUGACACCGACAAUUAUGCAUACAACGAGGAAACUCUUCCUGUAGGAAGACAAAGUUUAAUUGGAGGGGGAGUUUAUGAAAGCGAAUAUGGAGGAGAAUUUACAGAUGAAUCAUUCAUGUCGUUCGACAGCCCAAGACCGAUGGGACCCAAGACAUUACCGGGGUUUGAAGAGUAUACGACCCCAGUGAAGCCGCCAAGAUUGCCCCUCAGACCCCAGAAUGAAUUUGUGAGGCGUGAAAGUCAACCAAAUCUACCAUAUCCGACUAAUGAUAUUCAAAUUGAACUUGAUUUAUCGGAUGAUGACGAUAAUCACAGCCAAAACGAUAAUUACAAUUUCUUCUCGCCAGAAUUGACCCCGUCAAGAUUGCAUUAUUCAUUCAAUGAACGUAACAACCAUCAAUACACACCAUCAAAGAACCAAACUACUCCACCAAACCAUCGUACGUCAGAAAUAAUAUCACAAUCCUUGAACACUCCGACGAAAAUACCGUCGUUGAACGAGUCAAACACAUUAGGCAUGCCAGUGCAGGGACUACAAUCGAGACAUGUUGAUAGGGAUAGCAGUUUUUCCGAUAAUUCAGGCCGUUCUAGUUCAUCUUCGCCAAAUUCUCGUAAUUCAAAGUUCUCUAUGAAGAUGAAUAGCAUAGGUGGAACGAGUGCAAGUCCACCGAGACAUUCAUCACCCACAAGAUCUUAUACCAUGAUCAUACCUGAAAGAAAUUCACCAACGAAUGGAAACUAUAUGGAAAGAGUAUAUUCUGAGAGGCGAAGUAGUAGGUCUCCAUCCCCGAAAAAGGCCUAUGGAAGGUCACCGUCACUAAUUUAUGACCAUCAACCAUUCAAUAGUGAAGCUUAUUAUGAUAACAAUAAUAGUCUUGAAGAAUUGGAAAAUAAGUUUGACAGUGAGCAUUUAAGACAGAGACGAUGGAACUCCUUGGAUACUGGAGAGACGAAAUCAGAUAUCAGUGAUUACCAAUACUACGAUGACGAAGAUCCAUACAGUGAUAUGCCCGAGACCACGACUACUAAUUAUUUUGACUAUUCUAUUCUACCUGAUUUGCCAUCUACCAAUACUUCAGCUGAUGGACAACCUUCAUCCCCAUCUAAAAGAAUAACUUUAAAUUCCACUUUAUCAUUUCUUAAAAGAGAUUCACAGCCAAAUCUUCCUUCUCCAACCUCCACAAUUAGGCGAAGAAAAGAUGAUGAAUUACCACCUGUCCCGCUUGAUUUACCACAAUUACCAUUCACAUCUUCAUCGUUAGCAAUGCAACAUUUUAAUGCAUGUAAAGAUAUUUGGUCCUUAAGUAAUAUUUUUGAAUGGUGUUUGAAGUUGAAAACAUGGUUACAUGACCUGUUUAUACCUAAAAGGGAAUUUAAAAAGGCUUUAAUAAAAUUAUUAGUGUUUUAUAAAAGAGAUAUUCCUUUGGACAUAAUAGGGCAAAACGUCGAUCAGAUAAUUUUUAGCCUUUUAGAAGCAAAAGCAAUCUCAUAUGCUUAUAAUAAUGACAUUAUAGAUAACGAUGAGGAUGAUAACGAGACGGCAAAAAAAAGAAAUCACAAGGAUGAACUUGGAGUCAUAAUAGAUGCUAACAUUAACGUUAAUGGUGUAUUACCAGAUUUGACGAAUUGCUACUGCCAUGAUGAAGACCAUAAGUCUAAUGUAAAUAAUAAUGAUCAGUCACGUAAAUUGAAAUGCUAUUCUUCUCAAUGCCAUUUGAAUCAGGUAAUAGAUCACGAAAUUCAACUUCGAAAUACUAAUAUAAAUGAAAUCGUACUUGGUGAUGACUGGGCAUCGCAUUGGAGAUUGACCGCUGAGGAUUUAAGAAGAUUUGACAAAACUGUUUCUAAACGUCAAUCAUUAAUCUUCGAUUUAUUAAAGUAUGAGCAAACAUUCAUACAAAGAGCAAAGUGUUUUGUUGAUAUUGUUGGACCUGAUUUUAUAAAGGCUGCUCAAAUAUUGAUAGGUUCUCAUGAAAUUAUCCUGAUAAAUAAAUUUGAGGAUGAUGUACUUAAACCUGGAAAAGAAUUGAUUCAAAUUCAUGAGAAGAGUUUAUUUGAACCUCUCUUACGUAUAUUGAUAUCAGAUGGAAGAUUUAUCAAAGCUUUGGUUGAUAUUGCUGACAUUUACUAUAAUUGGUCAAAAGUUGUUAAAAGUUCUUUAUUAAAGUACAUGAGUACAGUGCCGAUGAUUGAAGAUUUAUUGAAGAAUGAGAGCAUGAAAAGGUGGGUUGACGUAGAGGUAAGAAAUAUCCAAAGGGUAAAAGAAUUGAAAGUAAACGGAUCAUUGCUAUUUAUGAGUACGUUCAACUCUCGUUACCAACAACUACCAUUGCAACUUUCUGAUAUCAGGAAACUGUUUGAUUCCCAAGAGCCGGAGUAUGUCUCACUUACCAAAUCUAUUGAUAGUAUUAAGAGAUUAGGUUCUAAAGUUAACGAAAUGAAAGUACAUGCCGACAACAUUCAUGCUUUGAAGAAAAUUCAUAAGCAAUUAAUUUGGAAGAACAAUGUUAAUCAUGUCAAUGCUAACUUGGGGUCUGAAAAUAGAAGAUUUUUUCAUAGAGGUGACUUGACCAGAAAAGGAGAUUUGAAAAUCAAUUCAUCUACAAACCAUCUAAUUCUUUUGGAUAACUUCUUAUUUAUCACUGAAAGGGUUAAGAAUCCAAAAAUGAGCCUGUCUAGCUAUAAAAUUGUUGAGAACCCAAUUGCAAUCGAGUUACUCGUGUUUGAAAUAAAAGAGAAAGAGUCUAUAGCGCCCACUUUAGAGUUGAAGCCGAUCACAAAGUCAUUGACUACUCUGUCUAAUCCAGCUUCACCAGUUCAUGCCCAAGAAUUUUUGGAUGGCGAGGUUGAGCCUGCGUCUUACCCAUUUAAAUUAAGGUUUGCUGGGCGUGGAAAACAUAAUGCCUUCACGUUUUCAACUAAAACUGAAAGAGAAAGAAAAGAUUGGAUCAACCAUUUCUCCAUGGCUAAAACCAACCUCUGUCGCAGGCUUCGAAAAACUGAGCCUUACAAACUUAAAACAGUGGCCAAUACUUGUUUCGCAUAUGAUAUCAGCAAUAAGAUUUCUAAAUUACAAGUAUGUGCACCGUAUGAUCCAAUUGAGGAAGCAUCAACGGAUGCUUUAAAUAAGUUGAAUGAACUUGGCUGCAAAGGUGAUAUUUAUACUUUCAAUAAUGCAAGGAGUUAUAUUGUGUUUAGUAAGGCCCAAAGUAUCACAUCAUUUGAGUAUAGUAAUACGAAGUUUUAUCUAGUAGGACUUGCAACAGGUGUUUAUUGUUGCGAUAUGCAGAAUAGAUGGAAAAAAGUUAUUGGUGGAGCAGAUAUUACCAAGAUCAAAGUAAUAACGUCUAUAAAUUUGUUAAUUGUACUAGGUGGUCGACACUUACGAUGCUAUUCGUUGGAUCUGGUCGUGGGUGUGUAUUAUAAUAAGAAGGAACAUUUAAGCAGUAUAUCAUUGUCAAAUGAGCACGUAUCGUUCUUCGCUGUCGGGAAGCAUAGAGAGAUUAAUAUGUUGUUUUAUGCGAAAAAGAAAACUAACUCCUCAGGAACAACCAAUUUCAAGGUUUUGAUUCCUGAGACAGAUAAUGACGGUAUGUUUAGUGCGUUUAAGGUCAUAAAGAAGUUCUAUGUUCAAGCGGAAUGUUACGGCAUAAGCAUAUUCAAUACUUCAUUCGCAGUGCACACCAACAAGGGGUUUGAAAUUCUAGAACUUGAUAAAUUGCUCCCCAGAUCUAUUCCUGAGUUCCCUCAUAACGAGUCUUCAGGUAAGAAAAUAGAUGGCUUCAGCAGAAGGUCAAUUACUGGCGGAGUCUACAAUUCAGGCGUAGACUUGGUAAAAAAGGCUGUUCAUUCAACAAAUGUCAGGCCAAUGGGGAUGUUCAAAUUGAACAACAAUACAGAAUUCUUACUAGUCUACAACGAUUGUGCUAUUUUUACCAACAAACACGGCAAGCUAUCACGGUAUUCGAUGCUCAAAUUUGAGUUUAAGGCUAAGGCAAUCGCGUUCAUUAAUAAUCACUUAUUCUUAGUCUGUGACGAAGUUAUGGAAAUAUGGUCCAUCAGUGACUUUGUGAACGGAUCUAAUAGGUUAAUUCAAGUUGUAACAGGGAAAGAUAUGAAUAUGCUUAAUAAUGAAGAUAGUGUAUAUUUUGCAAUGGCCAAUCCCAAGGUUCCUGGAUUGCAAUUACUAUUCGAAUUGCAGCCUAAAGAGGUUCUUUUAUAG